UGCAACAUCAGACCUCGGGAAGGUAUUCUUCUUGCCCCCAAUUUUACUACGCCGCAUCACCGCCGAUCACUAGAAGUCAACAUCUCUCCACAAACCUUUCACUCCAAGUCUGCAUUACAGCAAGUAGGCAUCCAACGUUUGAAGGACAACAGUCGCCUGCACAAUGAGUACCAUAUCGGCUCCGAAAGGCCUCAAGAUUCUCCUCACGGGUGGAGCUCGAGGGAUAGGUCGCGGCCUUUUCCGGCAUUUUCUAGCCUCUGGGCAUGAGGUAAUCAUCCUAGAUUCAAACGUGGAAGAGCUGGAGCAUGUGAAGACGCGAGCUCAAGAAUGGUCUGGCGGGCGGAACGGGAGUUGGCACGCCCUUCAGUGCGAUCUGAGUAAGCGUGCGGAGAUCAAGUCUGCGGUGGCUACGGUCAAGGAGACGUUUGGCGGGCAGUUGGACGUGCUGAUCAAUAACGCUUUCCCAACUACGCUGGCCUUGUCAGAAGAUCGAAAGAUGGAAGCAGAGGGCGAGGACAUGGAAAAGGAGUGGGACCUGAAGAUCGCUAUCGGUCUUACGGCACCCUUCAUCCUCAGCCGUCUCUGUAUCCCGCUCCUCGUAGCUGGUGCAUCAACGCAAAGCUCUCCCGGCACCAUUAUCAACAUCUCCUCAACUCGCGCAUACCAGUCCGAGUCCGACCACGAAGCUUACUCGACCGCCAAAGCGGGACUGCUUGGGCUCACGCAGUCGAUGUCAGUGUCGCUCGGUCAUCGUCACAAGAUCAGAGUGAAUGCGAUUAUUCCGGGAUGGAUCCACGUCAUGAACGAAUCUAAAACGGGCGAUGAGACUAGGGUCAAAUGGGAAGAUGGGCUCACAAAAGAGGAUAUCGAGUGGCAUCCAGCAGGCAGAGUUGGCAACGCGGAAGAUAUUGCAAGGGCUGUGGAUUAUUUGGUCGGCAGUGAAUUUGUUACCGGACAAGAGAUUAUUGUUGAUGGCGGGGUAGGGAGGAAGAUGGUGUAUCCAGAGUAAUAGCCUGGAGGGUGGUCCAGGUGGGCUGCUAUCCAGGAACUCAUUUCCACUUUCACUCUGCAGAAUCCAGCCUCCAGGGAUCAGGCGGAACUUGGCUCUCGGCAUUCCUAAUUCCUUCAUCUGCCUACCGCUACCUGUUGGCGCCAAUUCUCAACUGCUGCAUUCCUACACUACGA